AUGCUCUUCCAGCCAGCCAUGCUGUUCGGUGGCCUCCUCCUGCUGGCCACCAUGACUGCCGCCCAGUGGAGGGGCCAGGAGGCCGGCCGGCGCCGCCAGACGCACCGCGUCCAGCAUGGACAGUGUAGCUACACCUUCGUGCUGCCUGAGCCUGAGCCCUGCCCGCUGGAGCCUGAGGCCUUUGGGGCCCCCAACAGCCUGCAGAGGGACCUGCCGGCCGCCGGGCUGCACUUGGGGGACUGGCAGGCCCGCCGGGUACGGCAGCUGGAGAAGAUGCUGGAGAACAACACGCAGUGGCUACAGAAGCUGGAGCGGUCCAUCCAGACAAGCCUGAGGUCCGAGCUGGCCCAAGCCCAGCAGCACGUAGUCCAGAACCAGACAGCCACCAUGCUGGAGCUGGGCACUAAUCUCCUGAACCAGACCACCGCCAAGACCCGCAAGCUGAGCGACGUCGAGGCCCAGGUCUUGAACCAGACAUCCCGCAUGGAGAUUCAGAUGCUGGAGACUUCGCUGUCCACCAACAAGCUGGAGAAGCAACUGCUACUCCAGGGCCACGAGCUGAACCGGCUACAGGGCCGAAAUAGUGCCCUGGAGACCAGGCUGCAGGCCCUGGAGACGCAGCAGCGGGUGGAGCUGGCCAGCCUCCGAGACCAGAGGGAGCGGCUUCGGCACCAGCUGGGCCUCCAGAGCGGAGCCCUCGCCGGCCUAGAGCGCAGCCUGCGUGCCCUGGGCGGCAAUGCCAGCUCCCUGCAGCGGGCACAGCGACAGCUCGUGGACUUCGUCCAGCGCCUGGUGCACGUGGCAGCCCAGGGCCAGGGCCGGGCCUCCGGGAGGGCACCUGAGCCUGUGUUCCAGGACUGCGCCGAGAUCCAGCGCUCCGGGGCCAACGCCAGUGGCGUCUACACCAUCCACAUGGCCAAUAUGUCAGAGCCCAGGAAGGUGUUCUGUGAGCUGGAAGCUAAUGGAGGCGGAUGGACCCUCAUCCAGCGCAGGGAGAAGGGCAGUGUGAGCUUCCAGCAGGGCUGGAAGGAGUACAAAGAGGGCUUUGGCGAUCCAGCCGGGGAGCACUGGCUGGGUAAUGAAGCGGUGCACCAGCUGACCAGCAGGGCGGCCUAUUCGCUGCGGGUGGAGCUGCAGGACUGGGAAGGCCAGGAGACCUACGCCCAAUAUGAGCGCUUCCAGCUGGGCAGUGAAGGGCAGAUGUACAGGCUUUCUCUGAGUGGAUACAGCGGCUCGGCGGGGGACCAGAGCAGCCUGCCCAUGAAGGGCGCCAACUUCAGCACCCGGGAUGCGGACAACGACGAGUGCUUCUGCAAGUGUGCCCAGAUGAUGUCCGGAGGGUGGUGGUUUGUUGCCUGCGGCCUCUCCAACCUCAAUGGCAUCUACUACCCGUCCGGCUACCACUUGCGCAAACUCAACGGCAUCCGCUGGCACUACUUCCGCGGGCCCAGCUACUCACUCCGCGCCACGCGCAUGAUGGUGCGGCCGGUGGGCGGCUAGCUGGGCAGCACACGGGGGCCCCUCACCCGGAUCCCUGGGACAGCCCGGCCACAGCAUGGGACACGGCGCCUGGGGCUAGGCCUCCACA